AUGACUUCGCCAAGCAAUAUAACAUUUAGGAAAAUUAGACGAUCAAGCUCAUUCCAUAGUCUAUCUAAUUCGUCACUUUAUGAUACCACGAAUAUGAGUUUACCAAAUACUUCGAUGGAUGAGAGUAUAAAUAUUCAAAAUAAAGAUAAUUACAUAGAAAAAUUAACUACAGAUCUACAUUCGGCAUAUUCUGAAAUUGAUGAUCUUAACGUGGAGAAUACUAAAUUAAAGCUAGAGUUAGAAAAAUGUUUAAAAAUUAUAGACAUAUACAAAAACGAUAAAUGUGAGAGCACACCUAUAAUAAAAAAGAAGAAAUCCGUAACAAAAAAAACGAUCUCGAGAGAACCAUCGUUUUCUCCAGACAAUGUAUGUAUACAAGCAGAGUGCAACCAAAACCUAAUUACUGAUAAGGGGACCAAAGAGCAAAACUUGAAGGAUACAUUGAUAAACACUAACAGACUGGAUAACAACAUAGAAGUAUUUUCUAAUAAUAAAUCUACAUACUACGACAAUGAGCAACAUAUAAAAACAACAAAAAAGAAUGUUGUAAUUCUAGGAGACCAACAAUGCCGCGGAGUAAGACAAAUAUUACAAAACCUUUUGGGCAACGACUAUAUAGUAACAGCGUUUUGGAAAUCUGGGGCAAGAUUAUCUGAAAUAUUGAAAUUUGAUAACAAAUAUAUAUUAGAAUUGACAAAAAAUGACUAUGUUCUUAUUAUAGGAGGUACAAAUGAGAAAUGGUUAAUAAAACAGAAGAUUCGUUUUUUCUUGUAUGAUAAUAUCACUGUAUUGCAUCAAAAUAUAAAUGGUCUUAUUGGUAAAUCGGAUCUAUUAAGCAUGAGUUUGAAUGAGUUAAAAAAUGAGGGCUUUUCAAUCGAUGUGUUGUGUAUAACGGAACACAAUAUGGUGGAAGGUGAUAUCAAUCAGUUAUAUAUACCAAAUUUUAAUAUUGCAGCAGUUUUUUCUAGAUCUAUACGAAAAGGAGGUUCGUGUAUAAUGGUUAAAAACAUACAUAAAUUCAAAACAUUGUACAAAUUACAAAAGUAUAGUGUACAAAAUAUUAUUGAAUGUUGUGGUAUAGAAUUAGUUAGCCAUGACAUCACGUUGUUAUGUAUCUAUAGACCACCAAGACAAGAUUCAACUUCAAUGCAGACUUUUUUUGAUGUAUUUGAUAAAGUGUUAUCGGAAAUAACAAAAAACCAGAGGAAUAAAAAAAUAAUAAUAGGGGGAGAUUUCAAUAUAGAUACUUUAAUUAAAACUAAAAAUUCAUUGCAAUUUCAAGGUACCCUGCACAGUUUCGGUUUAAAAUUUGCUAUUAAAGAACCAACACGCUUGGUCAGCUCAACUUGUAUUGAUAAUAUAAUACACAAUGUUAGGGGUUCUAAAAGUAAUGUAAUAGAACUUGCUCUAUCUGAUCAUACAGCACAAGUUCUAAAAUGUCCCGUAAAAAAAACUUGCAUUAUUUCACACUGGUUUACGAAAAAACGAGAUAUUCAUAUUGAUAAUUUGAUUAAGUUUAAGAAAACUCUUAAGGCACUAAGUUUUGUUGAUGUAUAUACUAAUAAUGAUCCUAAUGAAGCAUUUGACGUGUUUUAUGAUACAUUUAAGUUGUUCUAUGACCUCUGUUUUCCUAUACUCAAAAUUAAAGUACCUACUGAAAAAAAAAUUAAUUGGAUAUCUAAGGGCUUAAAAAUAUGUAGUAAACGUAAAAGAAAAUGUUUAUGGGAGUAUAGACGAAAUAAAACUAUAGAAAAUAAAAAUAAAUUUAAAACCUAUAGUAGGCGUCUUAAAAACAUUAUUAAAUUUACUAAAAAGUUAAAAAAUGACAAUUACAUACAGACAUCAAAAAAUAAAUGUAAAGCGACGUGGAAUGUUAUAAAUAGCAAUAAAUCUAAUGUUGUUAAGGAACCUAUAGAAAAAAAUGGCAUUUUUCCUAAUAAACUAAAAUUAUCAGUGAUAAAACCUUUAUUUAAAAAAGGUGAUAGGGAAAAUCUAGACUGUUAUAGACCUAUAGCUCUUAUCACAAUAUUUGCAAAAAUUUUUGAGAAGUUCUUUGUAUCACAAGUUGGUAUUGAAUUCAGAUUGGAAAAUACCAGAGACGUAUUUGACUUUCAAGAUAAUAUAUUUAGUAAAACAUGUUAA